AUGCAAGCUGUACAGCGUCGGAAAGUGGUCAUCGGAGGUCGAACGACUUCAAGGAUGGUCGUCGGAGAUCGUAGAAUAGAUCUUGUUCAAAGAUCGCUGGUGGCUGGAAGACGAAUAGAGAUCAACGUGAAACCCAGCCACUCACAUCGGUGUUUAAUCGAUGUCUGGUUCAACAAGAAACCAAGAACCAUAGGGCCUCUCGACACUUACUACACUCCUAAACUAGAGGUGGUGGUGGAAAAUAGAAAAGCCAAGGGCAGACAACCAAAAAUUGAUGAGAAUGAACCACAUAAGAAACUAUUGAAAGACCGGGCUCAUCAGGCUAUUGCAAGGUGGAUAUAUGAUUGUGGGAUACCUCUAAAUGUUGUGAACAAUGAUAGUUUUGCGCCAAUGACAGAGGCUCUUGGGCAAUAUGGUCCGGGUUUGCCCCCACCAACUUAUCAUCAAGUGCGAGUUCCUCUUCUAAAAAAAGAGGUGGAACAUGUUAUCAAGUUGAUGGAGAAGGACAAAAAAGACCAAGAACAAUACGGGUGUACGCUAAUGAGCGAUGGGUGGACUGAUAGGAGAAAUAGAAUAUUGAUGAAUCUUUUGGUGAAUUCUCCGAGAGGGACCAUGUUUCUUAAAUCUAUGGAUGCGUCUAGAUUUGUAAAGGAUGCAGAAAUAAUAUAUGAAUUGCUUGAUGGGUGGGUGGAACAUAUUGAAGAAGCAAACGUGGUUCAAAUUGUUACGGAUAGUGCCGCAGCAAAUGUGGUGGCAGGGAGGUUGUUGGAGGCAAAACGACCUCACUUGUUUUGGUCUCCGUGUGCUGCCCAUUGCUUGGACUUGAUGUUAGAAGACAUUUUCAAGUUACCAAAUUUGAAGACAACUUGGGAAAGGGCAAUAAUGAUGCAUGAUUAUAUUUAUAAUCGACCCUCUUUGUUGAAUAUGAUGAGGCAAUUUACCCAGAGGAAGGAGCUCAUUAAGCCGGCAAAAACUCGGUUUGCAACCGCUUUUUUGACUUUACAAAGGGUUUAUGAACAAAAGGGAAACUUAAGGAAGAUGUUUACUUAG